AUGGACGUGGACGUGGACGUGGACGUGGACAUGGACGUGGACGUGGACGUGGACGUGGACGUGGACAUGGACAUGGACAUGGACGUGGACGGUUUAGACGUGGACGUGGACAUGGACGUGGACGUGGACGUAGACGUGGACGUGGACAUGGACGUGGACGUGGACGUGGACGUGGACGUGGACGUAGAAAUGAACGUGGACGUGGACGUGGACGUGCACAUGGAAAUGGACGUGGACAUGGACGUGGACGUGGACGUGAAUGUGGACGUGGACGUGGACGUGGACAUGGACGUGGACGUGGGCGUGGACAUGGACGUGGACGUGGACGUGGACGUGGACGUGGACAUGGACGUGGACAUGGACGUGGACAUGGACAUGGACGUGGACGUGGACGUGGACGUGGACGUAGAAAUGAACGUGGACGUGGACGUGGACGUGCACAUGGAAAUGGACGUGGACAUGGACGUGGACGUGAACGUGGACGUGGACGUGGACGUGGACAUGGACGUGGACGUGGACGUGGGCCGUGGACAUGGACGUGGACGUGGACAUGGACGUGGUCGUGGUCAAAUGGACGUGGACGUAGACGUGGACAUGGACAUGGACGUGGACGUGGACGUGGACGUGGACGUGGACGUGGACGUAGAAAUGAACGUGGACGUGGACGUGGACGUGCACAUGGAAAUGGACGUGGACAUGGACGUGGACGUGGACGUGAACGUGGACGUGGACGUGGACGUGGACAUGGACGUGGACGUGGGCGUGGACAUGGACGUGGACGUGGACGUGGACGUGGACGUAGACAUGGACGUGGACAUGGACGUGGACAUGGACAUGGACGUGGACGUGGACGUGGACGUGGACGUAGAAAUGAACGUGGACGUGGACGUGGACGUGCACAUGGAAAUGGACGUGGACAUGGACGUGGACGUGAACGUGGACGUCGACGUGGACGUGGACAUGGACGUGGACGUGGACGUGGGCGUGGACAUGGACGUGGACGUGGACAUGGACGUGGUCGUGGUCGUGGACAUGGACGUGGACGUGGUCGUGGACGUGGACGUGGACGUGGACGUGGACGUGGAAGUGGACGUGGUGGAGGACGUGGACGUGGACGUGGACCUGGACGUGGACCUGGACGUGGACCUGGAGGUGGACGUGGACCUGGACGUGGACCUGGACGUGGACCUGGACGUGGACGUGGACGAGGACGUGGACAUGGACGUGGACGUGGACGUAGAAAUGGACGUGGACGUAGAGGGUGACGUGGACGUAGAAAUGGACGUGGACCUGGACGUGCACGUGGACGUGGACGUGGACGUGGAUGUGGACGUGAACGUGGACGUGGUCGUGGUCGUGGACGUGGUCGUCAUCGUGGACGUGGACGUGGACGUGGUCAUGGACGUGGACGUGGACAUGGACGUGGUCGUGGUCGUGGACAUGGACGUGGACGUGGUCGUGGACGUGGACGUGGACGACGUGGACGUGGAGGACGUGGACGAGGACGUGGAGGACGUGGACGAGGACGUGGAGGACGUGGAGGACGUGGACGUGGACGUGGACGUGGACCUGGACGUGGACCUGGACGUGGACCUGGACGUGGACGUGGACGAGGACAUGGACUUGGACGUGGACAUGGACGUGGACGUGGACGUGAACGUGGACGUGGACAUGGACGUGGACGUGGACGUGGACGUGGACAUGGACGUGGACGUGGACAUGGACGUGGACGUGGACGUGGACAUGGACGUGGACGUGGACGUGGACAUGGACGUGGACGUGGACGUGGACAUGGACGUGGACGUAGACGUGGACGUGGACGUGGACGUGGACAUGGACAAGGACGUAGAAAUGGACGUGGAGGUGGACGUGGACAUGGACGUAGACGUGGACGUGGACAUGGACGUGGACGUAGAAAUGGACGUGGACGUGGACGUGGACGUGGACGUAGACGUGGACGUGGACGUGGACGUGGACGUGGACCUGGACGUGGACGUGGACCUGGACGUGGACGUGGACAUGGACGUGGACGUGGACGUGGACGUGGACGUGGAAAUGGACGUGGACGUGGACGUGGACAUGGACGUGGACGUGGACAUGGACAAGGACGUAGACGUGGACGUGGACGUGGACGUGGACAUGGACGUGGACAUGGACGUGGACGUGGACGUGGACGUGGACGUGGACGUCGAAAUGGAUGUGUACGUAGACGUGGACAUGGACGUGGACGUGGACAUGGACGUGGACGUGGACGUGGACGUGGACGUGGACGUGGACGUGGACGUGGACGAGGACGUGGAGGAGGACGUGGACGUGGACGUGGACGUGGACGUGGACGUGGACGUGGACAUGGACGUGGACGUGGACGUGGACAUGGACGUGGACGUGGACGUGGACGUGGACGUGGACGUGGACGUGGACGUGGACAUGGACGUGGACGUGGACAUGGACAUGGACGUGGACGUGGACGUGGACGUGGACAUGGACGUGGACCUGGACGUGGACGUGGACGUGGACGUGGACGUGGACGAGGACGUGGACGAGGACGUGGAGGAAGACGUGGACGUGGACGUGGACGUGGACGUGGACGUAGACGUGGACGUGGACGUGGACGUGGACGUGGACGUGGACGUGGACAUGGACGUGGACGUGGACGUGGACGUGGACAUGGACAUGGACGUGGACAUGGACGUGGACGUGACGUGGACGGGACUGGACGUAGACGUGGACGUGGACGUGGACGUGGACGUGGACGUGGACGUAGACGUGGACGUAGACGUGGACGUGGACGUGGACACGUGGACAUGGACGUGGACGUGGACGUGGACGUGGACGUGGACGUGGACGUGGACAUGGACGUGGACGUGGACGUGGACAUGGACGUGGACGUGGACGUGGACGUGGACGUGGACGUGGACGUGGACAUGGACGUGGACGUGGACGCGGACGUGGACGUGGACAUGGACGUGGACAUGGACGUGGACGUGGACGUGGACGUGGACGUCGAAAUGGAUGUGGACGUAG